AUGUACAGUCAACAGUCAAACAAGUGUCUUGUGGCCAUUGUGAAGGACUUCUUAAAGGAGUUUGACGAUGAGUUGACAGUGAAACGUGGACAAGUGGUGCAAUUUGUGGGCAAACUUGAUCGAUACUGGUUCGAAGUUUACUGUGAUGGCCAGACGGGCAAAGUGCCCAUCUCCAGCUGUCGAGAAUGGAACUCCCAAGAAAUGUCCUCCAUUCGGCUGGUGAAGGCAUCCCAACAGGCGGCAUUCGUCUCCAAGUACGACUUUUUAAAUGACUGCGUCGAAGGCGAUUUGCGCUUCUCUGCUUUUGAAAUCAUCAUCGGUUUUGAAGCGGCCAACGAUGACUGGUGGAAGGGAGCUCGCCUGGCGUCAAUCAAAAACAGCAUUACCUCCCUCUCCGUAAAGGAGGAAAACUGCGGAAUCUUUCCCUUGACUCAUGUGUGGCGGCUUCGCGAGGAUCUCCUGCCGGAUAGUGUGUUCACCGCCAACGGCGUCAUCAUCAGCAGCUCAAAUGAUUCCAGCGAAAUUGAACCGGCACUCGGUGUGCCUGUUCCUGAUCCUCUUCCCGAGGCGACCGAGCACUUCUAUGUGAAGGUGAAAAAGACCAUGACGCCUCAUUUGCGGGAGGAAAUGGAGCUGCCGGAGAUUGGCGAAAUUCUCCUCGUCACUGCCAUCCCCGACAAGCUCUACUACUUCGGACAGAGCCUGGACGGAGCCAGAGUUGGCAUGUUUCCCAAGCAUUUCGUGCAGGUUGAAGACAAUUACGAACCACCACCAUCACCACCAGCUCAGUGCGACCUACACUCGACCAACUCAUCGACAUCAUCUCCCAUUCCUAGCUCCAACCUCCCUCCGCCUACCAUUCCGCCUCCUUCUCCUCCACACAUAUCAAUAAACUUUGGAAAGCACCUCAGCGUGGACUUUGCCGAUGGACAGGGGAACCGGCUGCCGCGAACUCCCGUCGACACACCGCCCUCAUACGAGGCCGCCAUCUGCUGUGAGCCCGUCUCCUAUGGCUACGCUACGCAGAUGUUCAGUGAAAUUGAGUCCUACGGCAGGGUGCUCUUCAACUUUGAUGCACAGGACGAAAAUGAGCUGACACUUCGGGAAAGUCAAAUUGUGCGGCUCUUCCGUCACGUGGACGACGGCUGGAUGGAGGGCGAGCUGGACGGCAAAGUGGGCCUCUUUCCCAAGAGCUACAUUGACAUCAUUGUCGACUGUGAGGCCAACGCUCCGGCUGACUUUGUGGCAGACAGCUCCACUGGUGGCGGCGCCAACAGCAACUGCCAGAACCAGGUGGUGGCCAUUGACUACCCGACCAACACCCGAGCUCGCGUGCUCUACGACUUUGACCCGGAAAUGGAGCAGGACUUGAGAGUGCGCGCCGGGGAGACGAUUGUUCUGCUGAAGCACUUUACCACCACCGAUUGGGUGGAAGCUUGCAAUGCCUCGGGCACCGUUGGCUUCAUUCACUUGAACUUCUGUGAAAUGCUCAGCUCUGCGCCAGCAUCACAACCAUCACCACCGCCAGCAGCAGGGUCAUCAAGCAGUCAGUCUCAACCUGAAAAGAGCUCCCACUUGUACGCCAACAUUGACAGUUUUACCACUAGUACUGAGCAAAAAGUCAAACCUCCGGAACAGCAGAGUGUUGUUGUUAAGCCUCCUGCACCUAGUACUUCCUUUGCUGGCACAUCCGCUUAUGAAACGCCUGUUCCGGCUCCCGGCUCUUCUGAGCAUGAGCUUUCUAUUAGUAAGCCUCACCGGCCGGCGCCACGCGCUCCACGGCGGACAAACAUCUUCCCUACAUUCAAUCAGUUUUUGAUGAACGAAAAGCAGGAUAUUGAACAGUUUGAAAUUGGGCCCGGGUCGAGUGGUGGUGGUGGAGGUGCAAGUGCGCCAAGCAAUCAGGCCUCGAGCGGUGAACCUCAGAAGGGCACUUCAGUGCAGUCACUUGCCAGCAAUAAGCGGCAAUGUGUCAUCACGGAGCUGAUCCAAACGGAACGGGACUACUGUCACGCGAUGAACGUCUGCCUGAAUGUCUUUCGCGGCAAGAGCGCCGAGGCGGAGCGUUGCGGCGUUGACACUGAGAAGCUCUUCGGGACGAUGAAGACGGUGGUGGACGUCUCGAAGAGUCUGCUGAAGCUGCUCGACAACUACGCAAACAAUCGGCCCUUUGUCGACCAGCGAGUGGGAAUCUGCUUUCUCGAUUUGAAGUUCGAGCUACGAGACGCUUUCGUCUCCUACUGCAAGAGUCAUGACUCGACAAGCAUGUUGCUGCGGUUUUACGAAGCCGACUCAAAGUCGAGUGAUUUCAUGCGGCGCUGCCAGACGGAGAUUCAACGGCAGACGAACUGCUUCGACCUGGCCUCCAUCGUCAUCAAGCCGGUGCAGCGAAUUCUCAAGUAUCCGCUGCUGAUCAACGAGCUGAGCAAGUGCACCGAGGAGGGCCACACUGACUGGGAGCCGCUGCAGCGGGCCAUGGAGAUGCUCACCGACAUUGCGCAGAGUAUCAAUGAGAACAAGCGCCGGCAGGACUUGAUACAGAAGUACUGCAAGAGCAGUGACACCUCCUUCAGCAGUCGCCUGAAGAGUCUCAAUGCGCACACGGUGAAGAAGAAGGGCUCGCGCAUUGCGAAUCGCAUCAUCUCAACUCUCACUUUCUCCUCGGUUCACAAUGAUGAAAACUACGAUGCCGUCUUUCACAAGUUUCAAGGCGUCGACAAGGCGAUCAG